AUGUUUGGCAUGAAAAAAAGGAAGACAAAGUCAGUAAUAAAAGGGGUGGUUCUCUGGACAUUACUGACCAGCGUGAUGCUGGUAAUCUACGGCUUAUCCAUCCCAACCCAAGUGAUGAGUAGGGCCUCGCUGGAUCAAUCAUGCACUCUUAGCGUGUCAAAAUCAUGGCAAAAUAAUUUCACUAUCCCCCGUUUGAGCACAAAAAACAAAUCAGCAGUGUGCUCUCCAAAGGUGAACAUUAUGUUCAUGAAGACUCACAAAACUGCAAGUAGCACGCUACUUAAUAUCCUCUUUCGAUUUGGAGAGAAAAAUAAGCUAAAGUUUGCUUUCCCUAAUGGUCGCAAUGAUUUUUUUUAUCCAUCUCCUUUCCUGUGCUCUCAGGUCAAGGACUAUCAGCCUAGAGAGUGCUUCAAUAUUGUUUGUAACCAUAUGCGCUUUAAUGCUCAGGAGGUAGCCAAGCUGCUGCCCUUAGAUACAGUGUAUAUCACCAUCUUACGGGACCCAGCAGAUCUUUUUGAGUCUUCCUUCCAUUACUAUCACAGAGCAGUUCCCCUCACAUGGAGGAUUUCUGGGGAAGACAAAAUGACAGAGUUUCUUCGCAGUCCUUGGACCUACUACAGCCCAGAAGCAUAUAAUUCAUUCUAUCUUAGGAAUCUGCUCUUUUUUGAUUUUGGUUUUGACAAUAACCUGGAAGCAGAUGACUCUUUUGUUGUCAGGGCUAUUCAAACCCUUUCUGAACAUUUCCACCUCAUACUUAUAGCAGAAUACUUUGAGGAAUCUCUUGUCCUCCUUAAGGAAACUCUCUGUUGGACCAUAGAGGAUCUUUUGUUUUUUAAGUUUAAUGUCCGCCAAAGAUCACAAGUGUCUCGACUGACCCCAGAGUUAAGAGCUAAAGCCUUGAAUUGGAACGGAGCUGACUGGAGACUCUACCAGCACUUUAAUUCUACAUUCUGGACCAGAGUACAUACUUUUGGGGAAAAAAGAAUGGAGCAAGAAGUGAAAGAACUCAGAAGAAGGAUUUCUGAGAUGAAGGCUAUCUGUAUUGAGGGGGAGAGUGCAGUUGAAGCCAAGUUUAUACAGAAUAAAAAUCUGCUUCCGUGGCAGCCGGUUGGAGAGUCUUCCAUCCUGGGGUACAACAUGAAAAAGGACAUUGACCCCAAAUACAGGACACUCUGUCGAAAAAUGCUCACUCCUGAGAUACAGUACUUAUCAGACCUAGGAGUAAGCCUGUGGCUCACAAGAUUAUGGGGUUGGUUAAAAAGUGCUAUUUACUGA